AUGGCAUGGCAUUCAGUGAAACGAACCAAAGACGGGAAACUUAGACAUCCUGCCGAUGCUGAGGGAUGGCAGUCCAUGGAUGAUAGAUUUCCAAAUUUUGCUGUAGAACCUCGAAAUGUUAAGUUAGGUUUAGCUUCGGAUGGAUUUAAUCCAUAUCGUACAAUGGGUCUAUCGCACAGCACUUGGCCAAUUGUUCUGGUCAAUUAUAAUCUGCCCCCAUGGCUCAUUAUGAAACCAGAAAAUUUGAUUUUGUCAACGAUAAUUCCUGGACCUGCAUCCCCUGGUGACGAGAUAGAUGUGUAUAUGCAGCCCCUGAUUCCUGAGUUAAAAAAGUUGUGGGAUGUAGGUACAGAAACCUAUGAUGCUUACCAUGACAAAACAUUCACGUUACGCGCGGGGCUCUUGUGGACGAUUAGUGAUUUUCCGGGGUACGCUGUUUUAUCGGGUUGGAGCACAAAGGGUAAACUUGCUUGCCCUGUAUGUCACUACUGCACGUCUUCAUCCUACUUGAAGCAUAGCCGUAAAGUGGUUUACAUGAACCAUAGGAAAUUCCUCCCACCUGACCACAAACUUAGGUCUGAUAAGAGGAGAUUCAAUGGUCAAGUGGAAACCAAUCUUUGUCCACCACCAUUAACUGGAAAGGACAUUGAAGAACUGUUACAUAACUAUAAAAACAAUUUUGGAAAGUUAAGGAAAAAGAAAAAGGCUACUGAUUGUCCCUGGAAAAAGAAAUCCAUUUUCUUUGAAUUACCAUACUGGAGUGGUAAUUUACUUAGACACAAUAUCGAUGUCAUGCACAUUGAAAAAAACAUUUGUGAUAAAAUAAUAGGGACUUUGUUAAAUAUAGGUGGAAAGACGAAAGAUCAUCUAAACGCUCACCUAGAUUUGCAAGAAAUGGGCAUUCGUAACAGCCUUCAUCCCGUAAAAUCAGAUGAUAACAAGCACUAUGUAAUCAAUCCAGCUAGUUUCGAUAUGACUAAGAAAGAGAAGGAGAACUUCUGCUCAGUCUUGAUGAAUGCCAAACUACCAUAUGGAUGUGCUUCUAAUAUCAGCCGUUGUGUGCACUUCGAAGAGAGAAAAAUAUUUGGAUACAAAAGCCAUGAUGCACAUUUUAUUCUCCAGUAUUUGCUACAAUUUUCUGUUAUAAAGACCUUAAAACCAGAGGUCGCAAUACCAUUGAUAAGGCUGGGUGCAUUCUUCAGGGGCAUAUGUGGGAAAGUAGUCGAGUUGGAGGAUGUGCAGAAGUUGCAAGAUGAAAUUAUCGAAAUACUAUGCCAACUUGAAACUAUCUUCCCACCAGCAUUCUUUGAUAUCAUGGUUCACCUGCCGCUGCACUUGUGUAAAGAAAUUCAAAUUGGGGGGCCAGUGCACCUAAGGUGGAUGUUCAGAAUUGAACGAUAUUUAGCUAGAUUAAAAGGUUAUGUUCGAAACAGAAGCAAACCGGAAGGUUGCAUGGCUGAAGGGUAUUUGGUUGAAGAAUGUCUAACAUUUUGUUCCAGAUUCUUAAGUGAUGAAUUGGAAAAAAAGACAGAAGAACAGCAGAAUACAAAUGUUGGAUACCCUAUCGGUUCAAGGAGAAACAAUGAUGGAAGAUCAGUUGACUUGUUGGAUAAAGUGUGGAAUAAUGCGCAUCGAUACGUUCUCUUUAACUGUGGAAACUUGGAAAUUGAGAAGCUAAUCGAGGAGCAUCAUAGGUUGUAUGAUAAUAAUGAAAAUCCAAACAAGUACAAGAGAGAAAGAACACAUCAUGAAGAUUUCCACAAUUGGUUGAGACAGGAAGUUGAAAAAAAAUUACAAUGUUCUGCAGAAUUGUUUAGUUUGGCCAAGGGACCUCUAAGAUCAGCGAAAAAGUAUAGUGGUUAUGCAAUAAAUGGAUUUAGAUUUCAUACCAAGCAAAGAGAUGCUAGGUGUACGACACAAAACAGCGGUGUCUUCCUGUCAGCCCUUACUAGUAGUUAUGCAAGUUCAAAAGAUCGAAACCCGAUAGUUUCUGAAGUUAAUUACUUUGGAGCGAUUGAUGAAAUUAUUGAGGUCGAUUAUUGGGGAAUUUUAAGUGUAGUUUUGUUUAAGUGUUCUUGGUAUAAAAAAGAUAAGGAUUGUUGUGGGCUGACAAGAAUUAAUAUGAAGAAAAUAUUGCAGAAAAAUGAUCCAUUUGUUCUAGCCUCACAAGUACAACAAAUAUUCUACAUUCAGGAUUGUACCGAGACAAAUUUGUAUUUUGUUGUUAAGAAAUCGCCAAAGGAUCAGAAUGAUGCGGAGCAGGGAGAUGGUGCACUUGAAGAAGUCAGUGGACCAACAAUGCAUGAUGUUGAUGUACGCUUUCAAAUAGAAAAUGAUGAUGGUAACUGGUUAAGAGAUGAUCUUCCAAGGCAACAAAUUCUUGUGCCAGUUGAAGGAGAAGAAGAAAAUGAUGAGGACCCUGCAAAUCCCAUAUUCUAG